CUUCAUUUUUGAUCACAGCACACUUGAGGCAGCAGCGAUGGCAGGCACGACUGCUUUGCCGCUUCAACAACUCAUCGCUUCAUUGGACAACUCUUGUCUGCCAAAAAUUCUACAAGUUUGCUCUGGAGUGUAUUUCCAAGGGUCUAUAUAUGAAAUUUCUGGGAGUGAAGUGUGCUUUUCUACUGGGGAUCUGAUAAAGGUCAUCAACAUUGAGCUCCUAUCAGUUUGCUGCGAGGACAUCAGCAACAAUGAGAAGUUUGAGCUACCUAUCAGCCACACAGGUUUAUUCAAGGUUGUUCCGGAGGACAUGCCGUACAGUACAAUCGAGGAGAUGAUGAGCCUGAGGCCUGUGGGCCUGGAAUCCUGCCUUCCCUUCACUUUCACCAGCCGCUCCAAGAUAACCAUUGGCAAUUUCACAUUGGGGGCUGGUAGAGCUUUGACCGUGCUCUCUAUCAAGCAGCACGAGGGGGAAGAGGAUCAGUUGCGCUGCCAUAUUCAAGGAAAACAGGAAGCCUCUGCAGAAGUGUCUAUCCCAUUCUCCUUGCAAGGAGAGUUCAGAGAGUGUGAAAGCGAGGAGCGUUUCACUCUGCGGGAGAUCAUGUCCUCGCCCUGCCUAUGCAGUCGAAGGUUUCGCUUCAUCAACACCACAAAGUGUGAUCGGCCCCUUGUCCUCAGUCCAAUAUACCAGGUCCACGCCAUCAUGAACUUGAGGAAGAACGUGUUGAAGUUUCCCUCCAGCUUAGAGGUGGAUGUGGUCGACGUCACCGAUGUGUGCAAGGAUGCGAGUUUCGUGACCCCGCUCAGUCUGACAGAGGUCCACUCCCAGCCAGAUGAAUCCUUUCCUGUUGUAGUGGAGGUACUGGAAGGCCCAGAGACCCGCUCUCUGUUCAAGUGCAGCUGGCUGCCAGAACUUAGCAAGAGCAGCCACCUGAUUUUCCACAAGACAGGAACCUCAGCCAUGAUUUUAUUAUCCAGCAUGAAGAGCCGAAAGGCGCAGCAGUACUUCCUGGUAUCUCAGCAGUAUGGUGGAAGAUUUCGGAGGCGGCCAAGAGAGUUUAAUUCGGUGUAUGAGCUGUAUGUUGCUUCGAUCCAGGCACCGGGUCUGAAGGUCAGCGUAACAAAGAACUGUGAGGAAGAUGAGGAGGAGGGCCUGCCUGGCCUCAGUGUGGGGGAACAGCUGGAGGUCAUUCGCUGCGAAACAAUGGUAUUGCCUUGUGGAGGCAGCAAGGGAGAGACGCAGUCCGUCGAGGCUCUCUUGUGUCAGCGUCUCCAAGAGCCAGAUGAUGGGGAUGAUGAUGAUGAUGAUGAGGAGGAGGAAGUCAAGCAGGAGGAUGAGAGAGAGAAGGUUCCUCUGCCUCUGUACAUGCAGGGUCACUUUGUGGAGGUACUGGGUGAUAACAAGAAGUACAAACUCAGAGACUUGGGUAAGGAGUUCACUUUGCCCCUGGAUGUUAAAGUGGUGAGCCGGGACACUGAACUAGAGACUGAUCCACUAGUUGGAUUUGCGUGUCUCAGAAUAGAGGGAGCAAUGUUAGAGCCCACCAUCCAGGUGAGCUUUCCACACAGCCCAGACCACUGUUUCGAGAUCCCAACCCAGUGGCUCUCGAUGUCUGUCUAUUUUACCAAGGACCCCCUGCCAUGGCCAUGCGGUCAACCACCCAAAUGCCACGUGAACAGGGUUACAGAGGUGACGGACACGUUCUUUUAUGAAUUUCGCAAACAGGGGAACUCAAAUGCAGCUCCUCCACCUCGACCACCAAAGCGAAAUCUGUCAACUUCGACGUCAGCAAAAAAAUCAUCAAAAUCCUCGAAGAAAUCAUCCAAAGCAGAAAAGUCCAAACAUGGACAAGACAAAGGCAUCCCAACCAAGGAGCUGGCUAAUUUGACUUUAAAUAGCAAAAGACGGCCCCCAGCUCCCCCACCUCCAGGUAUCUUUGAUGAUCAGCCUCCACCAGUCGUACCCCGAAAGCAGUCAGCUGAAAUGACAACAGGCAAGGCUCUGCCAAACACUUAUGUUGAAAGGGAGGAGCGGAAGACAAAAGUGAAUCAGGAGAGAGAGUGUCACGUUGCAGCAGAUGUGGACAGCGACCAUGACUAUGAGACUGUGGAUGACAGUUUUGUAACGAUGAUGAAGACAGCGCAAGAGAAUGUAAUGUAUUACUGAAGUUUAUGUUCGACCGCAACAGCAAAAUAUCACAAAUGUGUGGUGGGAACAGAAUUUAAAGUAUACUGUGCAGGAUUUUCUGUUCCUGUUUAACAUACUCGCCAGCAAAAGUGAAAGUUAAAGCCAACUCUUUAUUCACUUUGGCUUUUUCUUUUUGGCACUGUGUGUGGAUGCCAGCUGCUUCCAGACUGGCGCCUAGUUGCUACCUUUUUAUAUGCUAAAGCCCCGGCCUCACCUGAGUGCUGUGGGGGUACACACCCAUAAAUGUCCCAACCAUUGAAAAUUAAAAAAAAAAAAAAAAAAACAGGAAGAGGGUAGGGUCUUUGCAGAAAAUACAAAACCACAAACUUCUGCUGAGUCAUACAUGAUGAUUGAGAGGGAUUAUUUCUGAGUCUAAUCACUGGGUUUUUUUUAGGAAAAUCCUGCAGAGCUUAUCUUUAAGAGUGAUGAAAGAAAAUGUCAUAUUGCGGUUUUUAAGCUCUCCUGUCUUAAAUACAAUGUACCAAGGCGUUCUUAUAUUGUGAGGCUUUACAGUCGGACCAAGCAACCUUAAAACUUAACUGGUUUAACUAUAUUCAGCUAUAACCUCCUGAUAGCAUCCUGCAUCUGUGAGGACCAUUGAGACAAUUUGAAAGAUUUAUAGUGUUUGGUUACUCGUUUUCAGUGUGCACACAAAGUGCACGUAUGGCAAAAGGACUGGCCCUCCUUCAGUUGUGUGGACAAUUUAUUUAGCAAGGGUUUGCCCACAUGAGUAUUUGAUGUCAAUGUAGCAUCUUGUAGUGUAUCACAGAACAUACAGUAACACCACCGUUUUAAUGUGGUCAGCGAAACUGUGUCUCCAUUCAUUUCUAUGCUUCAUCUUCAAGGCUGCAUGAUGCUGUGGCUUUGUCACCAUGUACAGCAGACAACCCACAAACUCUGAUCAAGUACUACCCUUGUAGUGUUUAUUGUUGCAGUAUUUGUUGAAAUAUCAUACUAUUGUGCUCUUUGUUCAAACUUGUAAGCAAGUCGUUGAUUUAACCACGUGGUAGUUUUGGAGGCUGUAGCUUUCAGUUUUCUAUACAAUAACAAGGAAAACAACAGCAACACCCUGCAGUAUUAUACAGACUAUAUAUGACACCACAAACAACAGCCUUCAAUAUUACCAGAGUUGAACCAAUGUCUUAUUUUAAAAAAUGCAUAUUUAUAAGCUUCACAGAGGAACAUUUUAUUGUACAGGCAUGUGAUGUAUAUGGCACCACCCUACAGUAUAUAAACAGACUCUAAACUGCAAGGGCUCAUAUCAGUCCUCGCUGGGAUGCAACAGUCUUAACCACAAACAUCACAAAAUGGCACCUCUGCAGCAUUUGGUCAUAGUGGUAAUAGAAUAGCAGAAGCUCCCCCGGCGGUCACAGCAAACUAAUGAUCUGAGAGUACAAAAAGGAGCUAGACCUGGUGUCUAAUCCUGUUUUGUUUUAAGCUGAAUUUUAUUAAAAUGACUCAUUGGUGGGUUUUCCGCCCAAAUGCCAAAAAAAUAAUAAAAUAAUAUAAAAGAUUGUUUGUGUAUUAUCUCCAUUUCUUUUAAUGUUUAAUUAUUUCAACUACAGACAUAGUGUAGUUUAUGUAUCUUGAGUUAUGUUGUACUUAAGACAUGUAUCGUCAUAAAAAGUUGCUUCCAAAUCUAUUCAAGACCUACGUGUUGUUUUUUUCCAAACAUUUUUGCAAGAUUCAGUUUGUGAAAUGUCACAUCUAAAAGUUGUGAAUACACAUGUAAAAAUACAAAAUUUCAAUAAAUUUGCACAAACUACUUGUUUAUCAUGGGAAUGAGUGGAUGGGAGGGUUCAAUGCAAC